AACGCCCGCAGAAGUUGCAAACGCCGGCGAGCGGCGGCGGGGACGGGCGAGGACGAAGCCGGGCUCGGAGCCCCGCAGCGCCCGCCAUGGGCAACGCGGCCGGGGGGCUGGAGGGGGGCGCGGCCCCGCGGGAACCCCGCGACCACCGCCCGCAGCCCGGGCCCCCCCCCGGCACCGCCGCCCCGCCGCCCCCCCGGCAGCCCAUGCCCGCCACCGCCGAGCUGGAGGAGCGAUUCGGCCGCGUCCUGAAUUCCAUGAACCUGCCCCCAGACAAGAUGAAGCUGCUUAACCAGUACGACAACGAGAAGAAGUGGGAGCUGAUCUGUGACCAGGAGCGUUUCCAGGUGAAGAACCCCCCGUCCGCCUACAUCCAGAAGCUGAAGAGCUACUUGGACACGGGUGGUGUCAGCAGGAAGUUCAAGAGGAGAGUGCAGGAGUCGACGCAGGUGCUCCGGGAGCUGGAGAUUUCCCUGAGGACCAACUACAUCGGCUGGGUCCAGGAGUUCCUCAACGAGGAGAACAAGGGGCUGGAUGUGCUGCUGGAGUACCUCGCCUUUGCCCAGUGCUCUGUCGCGUAUGACAUGGAGAGCACAGAGAGCAGCCCCGGCUCUGACAAGGGCAAGGAGCGGUCGCUGGAGGACCUGAACAAAAGCACCUCCUCAUCCCCCACCCAGGGCUCCUCCAAACCGCGGCCCCUCACUGUAAGGCUGAACCCCUCGCACAGCAGGAAGACGCUGCGCAACUCGCGGCUCGUCAGCCAGAAGGACGAUGUCCAUGUGUGCAUCAUGUGCCUCCGAGCCAUCAUGAACUACCAGUCUGGCUUCAGCCUGGUGAUGAACCACCCAGCCUGUGUCAACGAGAUCACCCUGAGCCUCAACAACAAGAAUGCCAGGACCAAGGCUCUGGUGCUGGAGCUGCUGGCCGCUGUCUGCCUGGUCCGAGGUGGCCAUGACAUCAUCCUGGCUGCCUUUGACAACUUCAAGGAGGUCUGCGGGGAGAAGAACCGCUUUGAGAAGCUGAUGGAGUAUUUCCGAAAUGAGGACACCAACAUUGACUUCAUGGUGGCCUGCAUGCAGUUCAUCAACAUCGUGGUGCACUCGGUGGAGAACAUGAACUUCCGCGUGUUCCUGCAGUACGAGUUCACCCACCUGGGGCUGGACCAGUACCUGGAGACUCUGCGGCUCACUGAGAGCGACAAGCUGCAGGUGCAGAUCCAAGCCUACCUGGACAACGUCUUCGAUGUGGGGGCCAUGCUGGAGGACUCGGAGACCAAGACGGCGGUGCUGGAGCACAUGGAGGAGCUGCAGGAGCACGUCAGCCAGUUGACGGAGAAGCUGCAGGAUGCGGAGAACGACUCCAUGGCCAAGAUAGCGGAGCUGGAGAAGCAGCUGAGCCAGGCGCGGCGGGAGCUGGAGGCGCUGCGGGUGAGCCGGGGGUGCCGAGGCGAGGCUGGGGCUGAGGGACCGGGCUCUGAGGGGUGCGGUGGGACACCGGUGACCUGCCGGGGGUUGUCACCUCUCCAGGAGCAGCUGAGCCCCCCGCGGCCGCCCAGCCCACCGUCCCCGCAGCCCCAGGAGUGUUACCGGCUGGCGCUGGAGCGGCGGCUGGCGGAGCUCGAGGAGAAGGGGCUGGUGCAGAUCCUGCGUGGGCCCGACGGAGACGUCGCCAUCGAAAUUGUCCCCGUUGUCAUAGAAACCCCCGCAGCCCCCGUGGUUUCUGGAGAGGCCACUGCCACCACCGACACCACCCGCACAGAUGCUCCGGCUCUGGCUCCAGCCCCACCUCCCCCACCAGCACCUGCUGCCCCCCCGCCCCCACCCCCUCCACCCCCCCCACCUCUGCCGGGGGCUGAGCCCAUCCCUCCCCCACCCCCCGCACCCCCUCUGCCCGCAGGUGCUGUCCCACCCCCGGCUCCCCCACUCCCGGGGGCCCCAGCGCCACCGCCCCCCCCACCGCUCCCGGGGGGGCCGGAGGGCCCCGUGCCCCCCCCUCCACCACCCCCACCCCUCGGUGGGGAGCCCCCAGCCGGGCCCGGUGUCCCCCCCACUGCCAACAGUUCAGUGAAGGUGAAGAAGCCGAUCCAGACCAAGUUCCGCAUGCCCGUCUUUAACUGGGUGGCCCUGAAGCCGAGCCAGAUCGACGGCACCGUCUUCACCGAGCUCAACGACGAGAAGGUGCUGCAGGAGCUGGACAUGAGUGACUUUGAGGAGCAGUUUAAGACCAAGGCACAGGGCCCCGCCCUGGACAUCAGUGCCCUAAAGGGCAAGGCCACGCAGAAGGCCCCCAGCAAAGUGACCCUCAUGGAGUCCAACCGCGCCAAGAACUUGGCCAUCACCCUGCGCAAGGGCGGCCGCAGUGUCCAGGACAUCUGCACGGCCAUCGAGACGUACGACCAGCAAGCCCUGAGCCUCGACUUCCUGGAGCUGCUGCUGCGCUUCCUGCCCACCGAGUACGAGCGGAACCUGAUCGGGAAGUUCGAGCGGGACCAGCAGCCGCCAGAGGAGCUCUCGGACGAGGACCAGUUCAUGAUCUGCUUCAGCAAGAUCCCGCGCCUGGCCGAGCGCAUGAACGUCAUGAUCUUCCUGGGCAGCUUCGGCGACACGGCCCAGCUGCUGAUGCCGCAACUCAACGCCAUCAUCGCCGCCUCCAUGUCCCUCAAGUCCUCCAGCAAACUGCGCCACAUCCUCGAGAUUGUCCUGGCCUUUGGGAACUACAUGAACAGCAGCAAGCGCGGAGCUGCCUACGGCUUCCGGCUGCAGAGCCUUGAUGCGCUCCUGGAGAUGAAGUCAACAGACCGCAAGCAGACCUUGCUGCAUUACCUGGUGCGGGUGAUCAUGGAGAAGUACCCGGAGCUCACUGGCUUCCACACCGAGCUGCACUUCCUUGACAAGGCAGGCACAGUGUCCCUGGAUGGUGUCCUGCAAGAUGUGCGGAGCCUGCAGCAGGGCAUGGAGCUGACCCGCAGGGAGUUCAUGAGACAGGACGACAGCCCUGUGCUCAAGGACUUCCUCAAGAUCAAUUCAGAGGUGAUGGAGAAGCUGCAGGCUGACAGCAAAACAGCCAAGGAGGCGUAUGAGUCAGCUGUGGAGUAUUUCGGGGAGAACCCCAAGACCAGUCCCCCCACCACCUUCUUCCCCAUGUUCAUGCGUUUCAUCAGAGCCUACAAGAAAGCAGAGCAGGACAUUGAGCUGUGGAAGAAACAAGAGGCCGCAGCCAAAGAGGCAGGAGCCGUCUCCCCUGGCAGCGAGCAGCAGCCUGAGCUGCCUAUCCAGAAGGCCAGGAGGCAGCAGAUGGACAUGAUUGCUGAGCUGAAGAGGAAGCAGAUGGUGAAGGAGCCACUCAUCUACGAAGGCAAAGAUGGGGCCAUCGAGGAUAUAAUUUCAGAUCUGCGGAACAACCCGUACCGCCGGGGGGACAAGGCCCGCGGCAGCGCCAAGAAACGGGCGGCGGGGCAGAGCCUGCAGGCGACGCCGGACAUCGCGCUGUGACCGGCGCCGUCCCUGCAGCUCCAGGAGCGGGCCAGGAGCAUCCUCCCGACGCAGAUGGGCCCGCAGGAUGUCAGUCCCUCAGCCCGGGGCUCGGCGGGGUGGAGGGACCGUGCCCGCUCCGAGCUGCUCCAGCCGCUUGAUGUGCCAGCUCCGCCUUGCCCGGGCCUGGCACAGGCACCCCCGGCGCUUGCUUGGCCGUGUCCCUGAGCUCCUCUCCCGGGCUGCCAGGGCUGGGGGGCCCCUCCUGGCUACGGUCAGGAAGAGGGAAGCACAGAAAGCGCUCCUACUUGUCCUGGAAGGAAAAGCGGGGCUGUCCCAUCCCUACCCCGGCGCCGCGGGGUCAGCUCUGCGCACCGGCGUGUCCCACCCGCAGCGUGCCGGUGCCUUGGAUUGCGGGAGGGAAGGGAGGGGAGG